AUGAUGCCCGUGUCUCAAUCCCUGAAAUUACGCCACCUCCAACCACAGAUCCUGCUCUCCUACAAUUGCUCUCCAUCUUCUUCCUGGUAUGCAAGUUACAGCUCAGAGUACGGCGCCGGGGCGGUCAGAUCUGCAUGCAGCUGCCUGAGAGACGGCAAUGAUUGCCAGCACAAGGACACGAAGAUCAACAGUAAGCGAAAAAGAAAUAAAUAUACCAUCCAGUCACGAUCUGGUACUCUGAUCACGCGAUCUACAGUCCUCACCACGACAAUAUCCACAAGAGGCUCUACCAUCAUUUCCACCGAGACAAGCAUAACCACAAAUUCUCCUAAUCCCACAUCUAGGUCCCAGCCGUCAUCCCACACAAGAACAACCCAAGUCCCAAUCAGCGCCCCAUCCUCCUUUAGACUCUACUACAACCUCAACGGCGGCCGCCAAUACGCCAUCUCCGCUCGCCGCCCAGGCCAAAACGAAGAUCAAGACACCCGCUUCCUCUCAUCCUCCCCCUCAAACGGCGACACUUUCACCCUCGACACCAACGGCCGCCUCAUCGAUACUAAAGGCGCAAACGCCAUCGCUGUAGCUACCGAUCAAGCUCCCUACAAGUACCUCUACCUCGACCAAGACAUCAAUAACCUCGGCCCUAAUGUUCCGAGAUGUACUUGGUGCAAUGGACCUUUGAAUUGCGAUUACCCUGCUGCGAAUGCUGGAGGAAAUUCUUCGGCGAGCAAUUCCACGAGUUUUUAUAGUUGUGGUGGAGGCUUUUUGGUCCUUAGUGAGAGUAAUUCUUGGGUUGAGGGGGGCAGUUGUCAGAGGGUUACGAUGCAGUUGGAGGGGGUGAGAGGUGGUGAGGCUGCUGCGACUGGAUCUACGAGUACGUCGCCUGCUUCAACUACUACCGAUGAUCGUACGUUCACCUCAGAGCCUACUUCGGACGCUACCACCGCCACUACUACGGAUGACGGUUCCGAGCCAACGACUCCUAGUACCGAUGAUACUCCUCCGGUUUUGAGAAAUCCACCACCUACGCGGUAUAGGUAG